UGUUUUUCCACACUUGGGAAGCUCUACCAACAUAUUAAACAAUAACAUAGUCUUAUCUCAAUUUUAAUAUAUAACUUCUUCGAUCUCCAUAAAAACUAUAACAUAUUUUAAUAUAUAACUUCUUCGAUCUCCAUAAAACAAGAAUCAAACAGGUGAUUCGAUACAAAAAUGGAUCAACAAAACAACACUCUCCAACCUCAUGUACUGAUCUUCCCCUUACCAUUUCAAGGCCCGGUUAACUGUGCUCUCAAGUUAGCCGAGCUCCUAUGUCUUUCGGGCAUCCGUGUCACCUUCCUCAACACCGAACACAUCCACCGCCCUCUUCUCCGCCACACCCAGGUGCUGUCCCGGUUCAGCCGCUACCCCAACUUCAGAUUCGAGACGAUUCCUGAUGGACUUGAGCAUGAAAAUCCGGUCUCUGGAGACCGGUUCAUGGAAGUGAUGGAUGCUGUAGAUGUGGUCACUAAACCUCUUUUCCGGGAAAUGAUGUUUUCGGGUAGGCUGAGUCGUAAAGCGGAUAGGCCGGUGACUGUGAUGAUACCGGAUGCUUGCUUCAGUUUUGCGGUGGAUAUAGCGAUAGAGGCAUCGAUUCCAGUGAUUUGCUUCGAGACCAUAGGUCCAGGCGCCUUGUGGACUUCAUACUUGAAUCUUCCUACCCUUAUUGAAGCAGGAGAUGUCCCCUUCAAAGGAAAUGAUCUAGACCAAUUGAUAACAAGUGUGCCAGGAACAGAACAUAUUAUCCGAAAACGCGAUCUUGAUAGCUUUUGUCGUUUCAAAGACUUGUCGAACCCGGGUAUUGAAUUCAUCUUAAAAAAAGCUCACAUAGUUCCUCGAGCUCAAGGUCUCAUACUCAACACGUUUGAAGAGUUGGAUAGUGUUGUACUCCCACACAUGCGGAAACUUUGUCCAAAUAUUUACACCAUAGGCCCAAUGCACUCUCUCCACAAAACUAAACUUAUGGCCAACACAAAACUAUCACCCCAAGAAACCACGGUUUCUAACAGUGUUUGGAAGGAAGAUAAAACUUGUUUGUCAUGGCUCGAUAAACACGACCCAAAAACUGUCAUUUAUGUCAGCAUAGGGAGUCUUGCAAUCAUGACAGUCGAGCAACUAAUUGAAAUAUGGUAUGGUGUGGUUAAUAGUGGAAAACCCUUUUUAUGGGUGAGACGGCCCGGGUCAAUCACUAGUGCUUAUGAUGAGUCUCAGGUUCCGACUGAGCUUCUGGAGCGUACAAAAGAAAUCGGGUGUAUAGUAGAAUGGGCUCCACAAGAAGAUGUACUUGCUCAUCCGGCUAUUGGUGGUUUUUUGACACAUAGCGGAUGGAACUCCACUAUGGAGAGUAUAGUGGAGGGUGUACCCAUGGUUUGUUGGCCAUAUUUUGGGGACCAACAAACCAAUAGUCGUUUUGUGGGAGAGGUAUGGAAAACGGGAAUAGACCUGAAAGAUACUUGUGAUCGGUUGGGAAUUGAAAAGGCAGUGAGGGACAUUAUGGACUCGAAACAUAAAUUAUAUACACAAGCUGCAAAUACUUGGGAAAAUGCUGCUAAAGAGUCGAUAAGUAUGACUGGUUCAUCAUCUAUUCAAUUGGCUCGGUUGAUUGAUGAUAUUUUAGCAAUGAGCUUGACUAAUCUGUAAAGUAAUGAAUUCGUGGUAUGAACUACAAUUGUAUUUGUGAGGUGGAUUCUGUGUUGGAUUGUAAGAUGCCCUGAAUAAGUUAAUUAAUUAUACAUGCAUUUGAUUUGGUCAUAAGACAACUUCUGAAAUAAACUUAUAUUGCAUUUGUGUUGGAUUCAA